AUGGCCUCCUCAUCCGGCGGCCCACCCUUCGCCUCGCGCUCCUAUACUGGCUCAAAACUACCCGAUCGCUCUAUCCCGUCCAAUGCCAUGCCCUUCAGCGCCUCUUCGUUCUCGCGACACCGCGGCGGCCUAGGCGCCACGGCGCCCGCUGAUUUCGGGGCUGACCCUUCCAAGCAGCCCGCGCAGCAGGGUGGCAAUGUUGUUGCUGGUGGCACGCCCGGCUCGGCUGUGCAGCUUCAGGCGCAGAGCCAUGGUGCGCAUGGGCAACAAGAUGCUAACCCGUUGAAUCGGUUGACAGAGGAGCAGAGGGAGGAGAUUAAUGAGGCUUUCACACUCUUCGACCUCGACCGCGACCGCCACCUGGACUACCACGAAUUACGCGUCGCCUUCCGCGCACUAGGCUUCACCCUCUCGAAACAAGAGCUGAUCUCCCUCCUAACAACAUACGGGGUGCCUCGUCCCCAAGUGCAGCAACAAGCCCAGAACCCAAACUCAGCCCAAAACCAGAACCAACAACAGGCACAAAAUCAAAACCAAAACUCAUCGGCCAAAGGCUCAAACCCCCAACACCCCUCCAACCUCCUCAUGCCCCUAUCCUCGUUCCAAGCAGUCACAGCGCUCAAGAUCCUCGAACGCGAUCCGCGCGACGAGAUCCUGCGCGCGUUCGAGCUCUUCGACGAUGGCCAGAAGGGGUUUAUUGACCUUGAGGAUCUGAGGCGUGUUGCGCGUGAGUUGGGCGAGACGGGCCUUGAGGAGGAGGAGCUGCGGGCUAUGAUUGAGGAGUUUGAUCUGGAGGGUGUGGGUGGUGUUACGAGGGAGGCUUUUGUGGGGAUUUGUUGGCAAUGA